AAUUAUAUAAAAAUGAUGUACAUGAAAAAGACAAGCAGAUAUUUAAUACUGAAUUGAAGAAUAGGACCCUCCACAGUCCACACACAACCCUCUUCUUCAUCAUCUUCCUUCUUUUUAUUUUUAUUUUUAUUAAGAAGAGCUUUGGUGGAAGAAGACGUUUCCUCGUUUUUCAGCUGUUUGUAUCUUCUGACAAGCCUUGAAAUAUAUUUUUAUUGAUCCAUAAUUUUGGUUAAGGCAGACCCAUAUCCAUCGAUAUCUCUCUCUCUCUCUCUCUCUUUCUCAUAUUAAAAAAGGUUCUUUGUUUCUCAUCAAAGGGUGCUUGGCUGCAUCAAAUGAUUUGAAAAGGGAGGGUCAAAUCAGAAGUUCUCUCGUGGUUUUGAUCUAUUCGCAGUGGGAGAAGUUGCAGAGAUUUUGAGUCUGACAGAAGGGGCUUUCCUUUCCUUUCUCCUAUCCAUCUCCUAUAUUACAUCUGGAAGGAAGCAAGGCACUGAUAAAAUCCCACACACUUACACAUAGACAGUCCAGAGAUGAUCAUGAAGCACGUGCAAACUCAGAUUUCCAUCACACCAGUAGUGAAGUAAAAAGCUGAGGCUCUUGCUCGGAGUUAAAUCUCAAAAGCUGAGGCUCUUGAUCAAAGAAGAAAUCUGUGUUGAGUUAUUGUCAUGGCGACGUACUUUCAUCAUGGAAACUCCUCGGAAAUCCAAGCCUCCUCAGACGGCGCCCUACAAACCCUCGUUCUCAUGAACCCCGGCUACGUCCAAUACUCCGACACUCCACCGCCGCCGCCACAUCAGCAACAACAGCAACCUCACCAACCCCCUUCCGCCGGCAACCUCGUCUUCCUCAACUCCCCCACCAAUUCGCUCCCUCACCACCCCUCCACUCUCUCCCACGCGCCGCCCUCCCACGCUCAGCAAUUCGUCGGCAUCCCGCUCUCCCACGACCCCAACAACAACAACUCCCCAUCCAUGCAUCAGGCCCACCCCGACCUCUCCUCCCUGCAUGCCUUCAUGCCGAGAAUUCAGACGCAGUAUGCGCUUUGGAACUCAAUUGACCCCAACACGGCAGCGCGUGAUACCCCACGCGCCCAGCAGGGCCUGUCUCUGACCCUCUCCUCACAGCAGCCGGGGUUUGGGUCGUUCCGCGGGGCUACCUCGGACAGGGAGGUUCCGUCCGGGGAAGAUAUUCGGGUUUCCAGCGGGUCGAAUUCGUCGGCUUCGGGUGUGACGAAUGGGGUUUCGGGUAUGCAGAGUGUGUUGCUGAGCUCUAAGUACUUGAAGGCAGCGCAGGAGCUGCUUGAGGAGGUUGUGAACGUGGGCAACGGGAUCAGGACUGACUUGCCCAAGAAGGGUAGUGGGCAGCAGAGUAAAGUGGUGGCUGAGUCGUCCUUGGCGGCCGCCGGAGACAGCUCGGUAGGCGGUGAAGGAAGUGGGAAGCGGGCUGCUGAGUUGAGCACUGCUGAGAGGCAGGAAAUUCAGAUGAAGAAGGGAAAGCUGAUCAGCAUGCUUGAUGAGGUGGACCAAAGGUACAGGCAGUACCACCGACAGAUGCAAAUGGUAAUUUCAUCUUUCGAGCAAGCAGCUGGAAUUGGUUCAGCUAGAACUUACACUGCUCUGGCCCUACAAACCAUCUCAAAGCAAUUCAGGUGCUUGAAAGAUGCCAUAACAAACCAAAUUCGAGCAGCAAACAAGAGCUUAGGAGAAGAAGAUUGUGCAGCAGGCAAGAUUGAAGGGUCAAGGCUCAAAUAUGUGGACCAUCAGCUGAGGCAGCAAAGGGCUCUCCAACAGUUGGGAAUGAUCCAGCACAAUGCUUGGAGACCCCAGAGAGGCUUGCCCGAAAGAUCUGUUUCCGUUCUUCGUGCUUGGCUUUUCGAACACUUCCUCCACCCCUACCCAAAGGAUUCAGACAAGCACAUGCUUGCAAAACAGACAGGGCUUACUAGGAGCCAGGUUUCUAAUUGGUUCAUAAAUGCUCGAGUCCGGCUGUGGAAGCCAAUGGUGGAGGAAAUGUACUUGGAGGAGGUCAAGGAGCAUGAACAGAAUGGAUCAUCAGAGAAAAUGAGCAAGAGUAAUGAGGACUCUGCAUCAAAGUCCACAGCUCCACAAGACACUGAGAAUAAUCAAACAACAAGCACUUUCAAUUCCAAACAAGAGAACUCAACAAAUCAUAACAAUAUUGCUGCUCCUCCCUCAAUGUCAAUUUCCACACCUUCAACAUCUCCAACAAACAUGGUUCGAAAUCCGUCUGGAUUCUCUCUCAUCGGGUCAUCGGAGUUGGAUGGCAUUACACAAGGCAGUCCAAAGAAGCCAAGGAGCACUGAGUUUAUGCAGUCACCAAAUAGUAGUGUCCCGUGUAUGAAUAUGGAUCACAAGGCUCAAGAGGUAAACAAUGAGCAAGUUUCUAUGAAAUUUGGGGAUGAGAGGCAGGGCAGAGAUGGGUACUCAUUCAUGGGAGGCCAGACCAAUUUUAUUGGAAGUUUUGGACAAUACCCAAUUGGUGAAAUUGGCAGGUUUGAUGCUGACCAAUUCACACCAAGGUUCUCAGGCAAUGGUGUUUCUCUCACUCUUGGCCUUCCUCACUGUGAAAACCUCUCCUUGUCUGGAGCUCAUCACCACCAAAACUUUCUCCCUAACCAAAACAUUCAACUUGGGAGAAGAGUGGACAUUGGUGAAGCAAAUGAUCAAUUUGGUACCAUAAACACUUCAGCUCCUCACUCUUCUGCAGCAUUUGAAAACAUCGACAUUCAGAACCGAAAGAGGUUCGUAGCACAAUUGUUGCCAGACUUUGUGGCCUGAUCAUGAUGCAAAGAAUUUAGAAGACAUUGAAGUAGCUUGACUGGCUGCAGGGGAUGUCAUGUCAUUAUUGCUGGUUUAUAAGAUCUUCAUCCCAAUAUUUCUUUCUAUGCCCUCUAAAUACUUGGGGAACAAGGGAAAUCAAUGCAUAUGAUAGUGUAAAGAAAGAAGAUUUUACUUUAGUAUAGGUAUAUACUUCUGCAUAGAAUCAUUUCAGUUCUUAGACAGCUUUAGGAUUUGAGAGCAUAUGGUUGAGGAUUGUAUAUUAGUUUGUAAGUUUUGGAGAUUGGAUAGAUGGAUUGGUGUAAAACUUUAGUUUAA